AUACAUUCUACACUUACUGUAUGUGAGAAAAAAGGGAAAUUAUUUGAACGAAAGAAAACAGAACGACGAAAUUUCUGAUCGGUAGUUCUCGAGCGAUCGUUCGAGUAGUUUCGUAAGUGGCGCCCACAGGUUCGUGCGUUUCCGUUCUCGCGCAUGACUGUCGCGCAGAGGGAGCAGCAGCAUAACCCGAUUAAUCAAAGCCGCGGUCGCUUCGCUUCGAAUCAGACGUCUGCCCUCUGUCUCGAGUGGCAGUUUACAGACUUUUUGCGUCGAUAUAUUAUCGCUGCUUUGCUCAGUCCCAUGUCUCCGACGUAUUUGAUCCCGCGGCACCUCGAAAUGUACGGUGAAGUGUUCAUGUAGUAUUCGUUGCAACCAUAGACACCAUUCACGUGCCAGACGAACACCUUAUUUCAUCCAUCCAAUCGACAUCGUCUCGGGACAACCUCGUGGACUCGCUCGCUCUGAGAAAAGAAAAAAAAAAGGGCUCCAAGACCGUUCAUUCAACAUGGAGCAGAAGCGCCUUUACAAAAUAGUACUGACCGGAGGACCUUGCGGCGGUAAAACGACGGGGCAGAUGAGGCUGUGCACGUUCUUCGAGAACAUGGGAUGGAAGGUGUUCCGUGUUCCCGAGACAGCGACCGUGCUGCUCAGCGGCGGCAUAAAGUUUUCAGACCUGAACGCUGAAGAGGCAAAGGGAUCCGGGUCGCGUCCGUCGAUUAGGAGGUCGUCGCGGCGUUUCAGGAACGGGUCGGACACAGGUGAAGCAAGGUGGCCGGACAUAUUGGAGGUUGACUCUAGCGAGGCAUUCAAGUUUCAAGAGAACCUCUUGCGCACGAUGAUACAGAUAGAAAACACGUUCUUCCAAUUGGGCGAGAGUGGUUCACGAAAUUGCCUUAUUAUCUGUGAUCGCGGUGCCAUGGAUGCCUCUGCAUUUAUAUCGAAGGAUAAAUGGGAACUGAUGAUGGCCUCGAACGGAUGGAAUAACGUCGAGCUGCGUGACAACAGGUACAACCAGAUCAUCCAUAUGGUAUCGGCGGCGAACGGCGCCGAGGACUUCUACUCGACCGAGGACCACGCGUGUCGCUCGGAGGGCGUCGAGGUGGCCAGGGAGCUCGACUACAAGGCGGCGGCCGCGUGGGUCGGGCAUCCUUACUUCGACGUGAUCGACAACAGGCAGGACUUCGAGACGAAGAUAUGCCGCAUGAUCGAGUGCGUGUGCCAGAAACUGGGCAUCGACACCGGGGACAGGUUGCGUGCCAGUAGCAGAAAGGUCAAGUUCCUCGUCAAAGGUCCUCUGCCGGCGGACACCGAGUUCCCGCCGUUCCAGGACUUCGACGUCGUCCACAACUACCUCCAGAGCAACAAUCCGAAGAUGCAGGCUCGUCUCCGCAAGCGUGGCCAAAAGGGUCACUGGUCCUACAUUCACACUAUAAGGCGUCCGAAAAUGUGCGGUCAAGUAAUCGAAGUUAAAACACAACUGACCCAUCGCGAUUACUUGAACAUGCUCGCUCAACGCGACGACUCGCAUUUCACGAUCUUCAAGCGUCGACGCUGCUUCCUCAUCAAUAAUCAGUAUUUUCAACUAGAUAUAUACAGAGAGCCGGCUCACCCAAGGUGCAGAGGUUUGAUGUUGCUUGAAACGUACACAGCGUUAUCCGGCGACGAGCUUAAAAACAUACUACCACAAUUUCUGACAAUCGAAAAGGAAGUCACCGGGAACCCGGACUACAGCAUGUUCAAUCUUAGCCUCCGAGAAGAGUGGAACAACACUAAUAAAUACUGCCACAAUUUACACGGCUUGGCGGAAUCUGGAUCAACAGAAAGUAAAAAUAUCGAUUCCUCGGAAGCGAGAGAUAACGCAUCGGCUAGGAAACAAGUAAAUGGGAUUGCUUCUAGAGUCAAUGGUAUAGAUAAAGUUGUUAACGGCGUGCAGAAUGGUGUCCAUGGUGUAACGAAUGGAAACGCCAAGUUCGUUGAACGGAGUAGCAUAAAAAGCAAUAGUCAAGGAGACGUGAAACGCAACGUGUGCGAUAGUCCCACGAAAAAUUUGAAUAGAUUGUAAGAGAACAAUAUGGAAGAGUAUAAAUGAGAACAGGUUUUAGAAUGAUGCGAGAAAGCACGACGAUAAAAGUAGGGGAACGAGAAGAGGCAAAUUAUUUAAAUAAUUCCAAGGAAAAGCUAAUGUAUUUUAUCGGCACCUGACAGUUAACUCGAAUCCAAAAUUUCCUAUGCAAUACGAAAGUGACAAAUAUACAAACCGCAACAUCGAUUUUCUAAUCAGAUCUUGCGUCACAUUCGAGAUGUACUCUAUGCGAAAUGUACUUAAUAAUUCGAUUGUAAAUUAUUUUUUACCGAUCUGUUUACUAAGUGAUGUCGAGAAAUCUACCGAGUAUUUUUACAUCUGAAUCACUUUCACUUCACUUUUCAUCUCUUUACUUCGUUGCGUAUCGUAUCUAUAGUAUAGUCGUAAUUCUUUAUUUAAGGAAAUUUACUAUACAUUAUUGUGAUACAAAAUACAUGUAGCGCGUAGCAUGCAAACUAAGUAUUCGAGCAAUCUAGUUAUCAAAGAACAUACGAUCAGUGUGAAGUAUACUUUUCCUUAGAAACGUUUAACAUUGUCUCAAUAGAAAAUCAAUGUUCUGCACUAACGUAAACAAAUUUAAACGAUUUAAUUUAUAAAUUAUACUGUAGAAAAACAGAAAAACUUUCGUCCCUACGCGUAGGUCUAAUUGCAAGAAAAUUAUUUAUUAGUGGUCCACGCCUAAAACGCGGAGAUAAAUCUAAUAGUUCACUUGUCUUUUAAUGCAUAAUGGUGAGGUAAUUAACAAAAAAAAAAAGUAUGAUUCAAUGAUUGUACUGUUCUGCAGUAUUUUCAGAAUUCUGUAUUAUAGUCUUGACAAGGUAAUUGUCAAACAUACUAGUACUUAACAGGUAUAUUUCCAUUAAAAUUUUGUCCAUACAAAACACUUACAAUUUAUUGGAAAUACUUUUGAUGUGAGUAAUGACAUAAAAUAUGCUGAGUGUAGCAUUUUACGAAAACUAUUGAUUUGGAGUAAACAAGUUAUUAAAGAUUUAUUAUAUACUUUACUAAUUAAAACUUUUUUUUUUGUCAUUGAUCAUAACUUAAAGAACGUAAACUGUGAUGAUUAUAUAUAUACAUAUAUAUAUAUAUGCUUAUUUCACAUAGACACAUUUAUCACAAAUUUUGCCAUUGUUUAGAGACAAAGUGCCUGUGAAAAGUUCAGUCGUGGAUAUGAAAAGAUUGAUAUAUAUUUUCAAUGAAAGAUGCAAUAAUCAGUUAUUGAUGCACUUAUACCACAUAUAAUUGAUCUGAACUCAUAUUGUAUCCAUGAUUAUCUAAUAAAAUGUCAUGUGCCUGUCA